GUGGUCAGUAGGGUUUUCGUUUUGGAUACGUUUCAUUUUAAAGUGAAACCGAAAGAUAGUGAAAAGGGAAAGUUGGGUUGAAAAGUUGUCGAUUAGACUUUAAAGGCCAACGGAGUAAAGCCUUUCCCAACAGUUCAAUCGAGGCAGUGCGCUGUAACUUCUCUCUGAAAUUGGAAGCGGCUCGAGUUUAGUUUUGUGCCUUCGUACGAUUUGAAAAGCGGAAAUGGAACUUCUGAAUAGGAAGCUGGUUGCAAUAGCACUAACAGUGCUAAUCUGCCUUAUUGGAGAAGACGGGCCAGGAGCGAGCGCUAUUCCAUGGACUAUCAACUCAAAUAUCAGAGGCGUAUACAACGAGAACUUUGUGCGUAGCUUUAGGAAUCAGAGUAGAUUAGAGAAUUAUCAAAUGCACGGGGAAUUAAUGGAUACCUGUUACACAACGAGUGAUUGUCGAAAUUUUGCGUAUCAGUGCUCGGAGAAAAACACCUGUCAAUGUGCCCAGGGAUACAUGCCUGAUGAGAUGCGAGAGACAUGCAUAGGAGGAAUUGGUUCCAAGUGUAUGUAUGACAGUCACUGCAUCCCACGUGCAUAUUGUAAAGGACAACUAAUCUGUGCGUGCAAGCACGAGUUCCCAAUCUUCUCAAGAGAUAAAUGGACAUGUCAAGGUUCAGGAUCACAUUAUCUGCCGAACAAAUUCAUUUUGGCAGCAAGCGUAACCAUGGCCUCUUACGGAGUCAGGACUUUUUUGUGCUCUACAUAACGCAAACAGACUGUUACUAUUACUGUUGCUAUUUUGGUUAAUGUGUCAUGUUUCUAUCUAACGAGCAGUAAAUAAGAUAAUAAACCUCGGAUUAUUUUUAAAUAUGCCCUCGUUAUGUUUUUGUGCGAAAUAAGAACAAUUUUAAUUAGAAAAUAGAAAAUUCCGUAGCAACAAAACUCACCAUGCCUAAUUAAGACCCUUGGCCUCUUUGCAUGCGAAUUUAAAAAUAUUUUGACCAUUCGGCCUGAUAAAAAUGCCUGUCCAAGCAUUAUGGUCCCAGCAAAGGUGAAAUGAUUAAAUGCUGCAUGCAAUCAUGCUCGAACAUUUAUGCGAAAUCAAAAAGUAACGCACCGAUAACUUCUCACCUCCGCUUCAUGCUCAGAUUGCUCAAUA